CUUGAAACCAUUGUUUGAGUUAGAACAUCUCUUAUCUACCUAUGCUCUAUCCUCUUCACUUUACACUGUGUGUGUAGUGUGUUGGCGCCAUGUCGAGAGAGCGUUUGGUGAAGGCAGUGAAGCAGUUUGUGGAGGUUCGAUACAAGGUUUUCAGUAAUCGUUAUGGACAAAACAUCAUUGAUAUCUUGGACUUCCCAAUUAAGGUGGUUUUGUCUCCUUUCACUUUGGCCUUCGACAUUGCCGGUUCUGCUCCUCGUGGCUUCGGCGUCCCCGAACUCAUCUCUAAACUCUCUGCUGCUUCGGUUUUCGCUAUUGCUACACUUGGGACCUAUGACAUUGCAUUAGAGCUGGGGAGGAAGGUGAUAUGUCAAAGGAAUUGUAAGACAUGUAAUGGAUGGCAGGCCUUGCGGUGUACAAUGUGCCGAGGAAGUGGAAAGGUGCAUUAUCAAGUGAAGAAUUGCACCUUGAAAAGUGGAGAGAAAGCGACUGCUGAAUCUGUAGCAGAUGCCAUUGCAGACAAUCGGGCUGAGUUAGUGCAUUUACCAUUGGCCUUGGAUUUUCAGAGACCAUUACCUUCAAAAGAGUGUCCAACUUGUGAUGGAACGGGUGUAAUGGGCUGUCCUGAAUGCAAACACAAAUUGCAAGUUAGGAUCUCAGCAGAUGAUAUUAUGGAGCCCCCAUGGCAAGCUUAUAAUGUCUUGAAAAAGAUGGAUUAUCCAUAUGAGCACAUAGCACACAGCAUGAAAGAUCCCAGUAUUGCUGCAUUUUGGCUGAUUACAUUUCCUCAGAUUAUGGGUGGAUUUACCUAUGAUGAUGAAGUGAAGCAGAAAAUAUGGUGGCAGUACAAGGAAUCCAGGCGAUACGAUGAACUCCGUGAUGAGGUGGCCAAGAGAAAACCAGGGUGGGAGUAUCUUCAGGAUGCCUUGAUAUCUAUAGAUCCUGCCCGGGCAAGGGAUGAUCCUGUCAUAGUGAAAAAUGUCCCUUACUAUAAGGCUAAGAAGGCCCUGGAGACGGAGGUUAUGAAGCUUGAUCCUCCACCAAGACCGCCAAAUUGGGGUGAGCUGGACCUUCCAUUGAGUGCAUCAUCUUGGAGUGAGGAGGAUCUGAAAAAUCCAGAGAAAUUCUAUGAAAUGACUGUUCUUCUUAAUGCCCAAAGAGAAAUCUCUGAUCAGAUAUUGGAUGCACAGUGGGAAACUAAAUGGCGUCAGGACAAGUUUAAUGAGAUGUUGGAGGCAAAGGUGAAGCCAUACAUUCAGGAUAUAGACAACACAAUUCUUUCUGAGCCUAUUUUCUUAAAAUCGCAAAAUCAGGAUCAGAGACGUCGCAGACGGAGGUGGUUCUUCUUUUGACAACAGGAGCAAAGCUACUGUAUGCUUGAACAUGCUUGUUUGUAGUCCUCAUUAUUUUGUUAUUAUCUGUAACUAUUCAUACUGUUGAUUUUUAUUUCCCUUUUAGUUGGUUUGCUUGGUCUUUCCCCAUUUUGCCAAGCACAUAUGUUGUGCCUCUUUUUCAUGGUCAUCAUUCUGUGGAGGAAACAAUUGUUUGUGACACAAGAAAUACGACUUAUGAAAAGGAAAAUCUAGAGAAACAUGCAAGAGGCAGCAAAACCUGCAUGCAGCCAAACCUUUGCUUAUGUUACAUUUGGUAUUAUGUGAAACACAAUCCAAAGAUAUCCAUCCUAUUUAGAUUAUUCCUUUUGAUCCUGUGUCUCGCUGAAAUUCC